AUGACAGUCACUUUAUUAGACCUUCCCAACGAGCUCUUGCUUUACAUAGCCCGUUUUCUACCCAGUCAAGAAGACGUCAGUUAUUUGUGUUGCGCCAAUCGACUUCUCCACGCCGUUCUGGACAGCUACCUAUACCACUUCAACGUGCAUCAUGAUAAUGCUUUCGCCCUGACUUUCGGCGCCCACGUAGGUUGCCGCACGGUGGUCGUGAAAUGCCUGGCCGCCAAACCGCCCAACAUCGACGCCCCGCCUUACCGUCUCCCAGGACGGUCCCGGGGCUGGCCUUCGCGUAAUGCCCUGUGCAACGCUAUCAUUCGCCAGCAUACCGAUCUAGUGGAACUUCUGCUUGCCCACGGUGCCAGUCCCCAUCAUGGAUGGCGAGGGAAGGUCACUCCGCUCAUGAUGGCUGCUAAGUACGGCAAUAUAGAGUCGAUGAGGAUGCUCAUUGAGCGGGGCGCCGACGCCCAUGCGAAAGAUGGACUGCAGCAGACCGCGCUCUAUUACGCUGCCGCGAGAGGUGGAGUCGAGUUCAUUCGUUUCCUUCUCGAGCAAGGGGCCGAGGUCAACGUUGCGGGGGAGAAUGGUAAAACUCCGUUUCUUCUUGCCGCCGGUGCCGGUGAUCUCGCAUCGAUGGAAGUCCUUCUGGAUCAUGGGGUUGAUAUUGCCGCGAUCGAUGCAAGUGGUCGGAAUGCCCUCUGUGCAGCUGCGAAAUCGGGCCAGGUACCUUGCGUGCAGUCGUUACUGGACCGUGGCGCCGAAUGUCAAUUAUCGACCGAUAUGGGCCGAACGGCGCUCUUCGAUGCGGUUCACUACGGCCAGGCUGAGGUCGCUCAGCUUCUACUGGACCGGGGCGUCAUCCUCGAACGGAAGGAAGAGUUGAUGCAUGCGACAGCGCGAUCUGGGUACCUUGCUUGUUUGGAGAUUCUUCUCCGCCACGGGGUUGAUGUGGACUGUAAGACUCAGAAUCAGGAAACACCUUUGUUAUUGGCUGUCCGGUUUGGGCAUUCCAAUGUAGUGGAGCAUCUGGUAGGCGUCGGCGCCGAUAUUAAUUCCCCCGAGCUGAAAGGUCAGACGCCGAUGUCUCUGGCUCAUGCAAGAGUGGACAAGAGGAUUGAACUUUUAUUACGAGGAGAAACGAUUCAAUGUCGUCCACCCUAG